AAAUUAAUGUAAAACUACCUUAACUUAAAGGCUGGUUUGAAUCCAGAUUAUAAUACAUUACCACACUUCACAGCAAUCCAGCACACUUCACUUAAACUAAUAUAAAUAUAGAUAAGUAAUCUUGGAGAAUCUUUUUGGCAAAAUUUAUCUCGUUUCACAGUCCAAUACCUUUGCGGCAAAAUGUUGGUUUAAUCCUAAGUAUUGUAACACCGUGUUGUCUUAUCUCAUUUAAUUUAAUUUCGUUUCCCGUCGUACUCGGUUUUAUUUAAUUUUUUCCAUUUAAAUUUUCUAACAUUGCUUCGGCUCUUGUAACAAGCACCUAUUGUCUCCGACCUCCGAUUUGGGAAUGUAUAUGGUAUUAUCUAUGGGGAAUGUUAUCUUCGACAGUGAAAUCACUGAAGUCUAUGGAAAUGUCAAUUUUAUAAAAGUGACAACUGAGUGACAUCUUAUUUGAGUGGUACCUGUCAAAGUGUCUGGAUGGUCUCUAAUAAUUAUCUGUGCAUCUAUCAAAUUAGUGAUGCCCAACUUAUCUAUUUCGAUUUAUCAUAUUGAAAUUCAUAUAUCGUAUCGUAAUGUAUCGCAACUGAUUGCAGCGACACACGAUAUUUAUCGUAUACCUUUAUAUCAAUAUUGUAAAUAUCGCAUUAGACUUAACUAAACUGUUAUCUCAGAUGUCUAUUUUCUAUUUUAAUUUACAAAAAGACGAAUCUCAUUGCUGCAAGAAUUAUAAAAGUUUAGCGGACAUGUUCUUGGUUAUGUUCUACAAUUUAUGUAUGGGACACUCCUACUCGCCUGAGGAGAUGUUAAAGACUGUGGCGGUGCCAAUUGUGAGGAAUAGGACCGGGGAUAUAUGUGUUAAAACCAAUUACAGACCUAUCUCACUGGCAACUAUCAUAGCGAAAGCACUUGACAGUUUGCUUAACAUGCAACUUGAUAAAUAUCUUUAGAUACAUGAUAACCAGUUUAGUUUUAAAUCAGGAAUGUCUACAGAAAUAGCCGUAUUGUGUUUGAAGUAAACUGUGAAGUACUAUACUGAUCGAAAAACUUCAAUUUUUGCCUGUUUCCUCGAUUUGUCAAAGGCAUUCGACCUGGUUUGUUAUGACAUCUUAUGGCAAAAAAGGAAUAAUACUAAAAUGCCGAAUGAACUAGUACAGAUAUUCAAAUAUUGGUACGCCAACCAGUUGAACGUGGUACGAUGGUCGGGUGUCUAUUCGAGGACAUACAGGAUGGAGUGCAGGGUGAGGCAAGGGGGGUUGACUUCGCCCAAGCUGUUCAACCUAUAUGUGAAUGCUCUAAUCGAGGAGCUCAGCAGUACUCAUUUCGGCUGCCAUAUUGAUGAAAUAUGUCUCAACAAUAUCAGUUAUGCUGAUGACAUGGUGCUGCUGAGUUCGUCAGCCUGUGGGCUUUCUAAGCUGCUUGACAUAUGUGAAAGGUAUGCUCUAAGUCACGGUCUGGUGUAUAAUACAAAGAUGAGUGAGUGUAUGGUGUUUCAGGCCAGAGGCAGGUGUCUGGAUAACAUUCCCUCCGUCAAACUGAAUGGUACGCCACUAUGCAGAGUAGACAGGUUUAAAUACCUAGUACACUUUGUAACUUCUGACCUGAGGGACGAUGCAGACAUUGAGCGGAAGCGGAGAGCGCUGUCUGUAAGAGCUAAUAUGAUUGCCCGCAGUCAAAAGCAGUACAGCGCCUUACGCAUCCAAUGCAACAAUGUGGUCAGGGUGUUGUUGGUGUUGCCUCGGUUCUGUAGCGUGUCGGGAAUGUUCGCCGAGGCACGAGUUGAUUGUUUCUUUACGACCAUGCAGAAAAGGUGCACAUUCCUGAUUCGCCGGGUCUGGGUCAGCCCUUUGACCUAACAGCAUUCUGAAGGCAUUAACAGACCGUUAUGACUGCCGGUACUUGAACCAUUGUACCAUGGUUCACUUGCGGACUAAAUAAUAAUAAUUAUAAUAAUGGUUGGUUCGAAGUAAGUAUCUGUUGAAUGGAAUAUUUGAAAUGUAUUCAACUGAUAAUUAUUUUUAUAAAUGUAUUUUUUUUUAUUUGUUUGGUUUUGUUAAUUUUAAGUAUGCUUCAAUGAUAUGGACUUGUUGUCUGAAAUAAAAUAAAUUAUUCAUUCAUUCAAUACUCUUUAUGACUAGUUUUUUUACGAUUGCCAAUGUACCAAUGCUUAGCAUCUAUGAUCAUGAUGAUGUUAAUGAUGAUAAAUUGUUUCGAUAACCCAUAUGAUAUUUCAAUUUUCUGUUGACAUUUUGUUAGUUGAAGAAUAUAAGAACGAGAGCUGGACUUUGAAUGAAUGGGUUAUUGAAUAUGAGAGAGAGCUAGUUUUCGCUUGUGCAGUAAGUACAUUAAAGGAUUUGGUUUUUUAUCCUGAUACUGUUCUCACAGAUGUUGAUUGGGAAUGUUGAUCAUCCCUUUUUGUCUCGAUGAAUUUCAAUACAUUGCAGCAACCAGUUUGUUGUGGAGCUGUUGCAAUAUUUACCCGCAUCAUACUUAUUGCAAAAGCUUAAGCUGGUCCCUGUAACUGUGGCUGAAUACAAUAGAAAUAUAAUUAUAUAUAUUGCUUACAUUUUAUAAUCUUUGUUAUUUUCAGCUAUUUUAAGGUUUCAUAGACCAAAUAUUGCUCUAAAUCACAGAACACUAUUACUUCUAGCGAAGCUCUAAGUAAGCGACACAAUAUGAUAUUUUUGAUGCGAUAUUCCGCCGAAGUGAUAUGAAACAGUAAUAUUAUUUUGCAUUGACAUUUAUCAAUACAAAAUAUCGAGAUGUAGCCCUCGUAGUAUCGAUACACCAAAAAAUCGAAACGUAUUACGGUAUUACGCUUCACUAGAUCAAAUCAAUUAAUUAUUAUUUAUUGGUAUGUAGGUAUUUGCUGACGCAAAAAUAUUGUAGGAAUAGGUAACAUGAGGAAAAACGCGGGAAACCUUUGAAUUUGGCGGGCGCGGUUUUUGUUUGAAUUUGUUGAAAAAUAUAUUUUUUAAUCUAUUAAGUGAUCAGAAUAGUUAAAACUUGUAUAUAUUUGUAAUUUUUAUUAUUAUUUGAAUUUUUUUGUAUUUUAUUCUUUUUUUCUUCGAGUUGGGGUAAGUUUUUUAUAUUUAUAUGAACGAGCCUCCGGACCCGGGGGGCACAGCGCCCCCCGCGGUUGCAUUUGUCACAAUCUCCAACGAAUCCGGAAUGGAUUCUGACUGCUCUUUGGUGUCUAAAAGGAAGCUGAAGCGUAACCAGCUCCACAAAAUUUGUAAAAAUUGUAACAAAAGGAAAAGAAAAAAUAAUACAGAAACAUUUAAACAAUCGGACUGUCAAUGCAAAGACGAAUUUACUGAGAGCACUAUUGAUUUGCCUGCACCUGGUCCUUGCACUGAUACAUCUUCAAAGCCCGUUCCUCCCACUGAUAUGUCUCAUAAAGCCUCCACACAAAUUGGUAGGGCUAGUUAUGAUGCCAAUGACCACGGCCCGUUUGUGGUACACGUGCAGAAAAUACAGUCUGCUGAUGAUGAUGGUACAACAUUACACCCAGUUGUGUUUGGCAGAUUUUUAAAAAAAAAUUUAUUCAAAAAUAUUGUUAAUGGAAGUUUGAAACGUAUUGGCCGAAAUAAAAUGACACUUUCUUUUAAUAAUUAUACAGACGCUAACAGCUUUGUCACUUCAAACUGCUUAGCUACAAACAACAUGAAGGCUUUUAUUCCAACUUUUAACAUUACGAGGAUGGGUUUAGUUAGGGGAGUCCCAACUGAGUGGUCCCCUGAAGAUAUUAUGCAGAACACUAAUGUACCCAUUGGGUGUGGGGAAAUUCUGAAAAUUAGAAGACUAAAUUAUAAAGUCAUGAUAAACAACACACCCACAUGGAAACCUUCGCAAACAGUCGUGUUUACAUUUGAUGGACAAGUUUUGCCCAAACGUGUAUUUAUGUGUUAUAAUUCUAUGCCUGUUAAAUUGUAUAUAUACCCAACCAUCCAGUGCUUUAAUUGUUGCCGCUUUGGGCACACCAAGGUCCAAUGUAGGUCAAAGCCCAGGUGCUUCAAGUGUGGUCAGGGCCACACUGGAGAUACUUGUAAUGUGGAGGAAGACUGUGUAUCUUGCUGCUUAUGUUCUGGGCUGCACUUUGCUUCGAGCAAAAAGUGUCCAGAGUACGUGAGACAAACAGAUAUUAAAGUAACAAUGGCAGAGAAUAGCUUAUCCUAUAUUGAAGCGUCAAAAUUACAUCCCCCCAUUUCUAAAUCAUUUGCUGAUAUUGUAUCCUCUCUCCCAACUAAAUCUGUUCCUGGUGGAAAUACAGUAUUGCCUGGUUCACCAUCCUCACGUACAAUAUCUUAUAAAAAAACAGUCUUCACUAAACCCAGAACUCCUCCUCAACACAGUAAAGGUUUUGAUCAUGUAGCACAUGAGUCUCUUGUAAGGGACUACAAUAUGCCAGAGCCUUCUAAUGGAUGUGCAUUACCAUCCUCGUCUAAUGCAAAUUCACAACAGACAAUAGCAGAGUUAAUUACUAUAUUGAUCAAAUUACUUUCUGAACCCAAUUUAUCUAUACCGUCCCACGCUGCUAAUUUAAUUCGUACUUAUACUAAUAUUAAUAAUGGCCAACAUGGACAAGUUAGUUCAAUGGAAUUGCCGCAGUAUUAUAAACAAAAAGCAUGAAAUUAUACAUAUUAUAAAUACUUUUAAUCCUUUUAUAUUUUCUCUAUCUGAAACCUGGCUAAAGCCAGAUUUUGUAUUCAAAAUCCCUGGUUAUUCGUGCUUAAGAGAAGACAGGGCUGAUGGAUAUGGUGGUGUAUGCCUACUCAUCAGAAACUCUAGCACCUUUUCUUCCUUCCCUCUCCCUUCACAUAGUAACUGCUUUUCUGUCAUUGCAGCUAUUGUUGAUGGUAUCUGUUUUGUCUCUAUCUAUGUCCCUCAUCCCUCCUUGCAAAUCUUCAAUGAAAUUAAAAA